AUGUCGACCGUUGACCCCAACAUGUUCCGCGUCCCCGCUGCCCGCGCCCUCACCGUUCUCGAUAGAUCACUGUUCCGCACGACGCUACCCACGGCAGCUGCUCUGGUCAGCGACAGCCGACAGCUCUCUAGAUUGAGGAAAGACUUGGAGAAGACCCGAGAGAUUCUGAAUGUGGACAAGGUGAAGCCCGUGGUAGGCCACCCUGACCCGGAGAAGGCAAAAGGUGGCUUGAAGGCACUACUUCUCCAGCCGGAUGUGAAACCAGCAGCCCCCGAGAGCUGGAGUGUUGUGCUGAAGCAGGCCAAGGAGGCGGGAGAGGUUGAUCUCAUCCCCUACUCCGUCGAGCUAGACUACUACCACUUCCAGUACCUGGACAUUCUCCGAUCCAUCAUACCCGAAGAGCUCCACGACGAGAUCCCAACAGGCUUCAACAGUGUCGGCCACGUUGCUCACCUCAACCUGCGCGAGCAGUACUUGCCCUACAAGCACAUCAUCGGCCAGGUCAUCCUCGACAAGAACCCCCAUCUCAAGACAGUCAUCAACAAGCUGUCCAACGUGGGUACCGAGUCCGAGUUCCGCACCUUUCCGUACGAGGUCCUGGCCGGACGGGACGACCUAAACGUCGAGGUGAAGGAAUCCGGCUGCAUCUUCCAGUUCGACUACGGCACCGUCUACUGGAACUCCAAGCUGAGCACCGAGCACGAGCGGAUCGUGGAUCUCUUCCAGCAAGGGGACGUUGUGGUCGAUGUCAUGGCAGGCAUCGGCCCGUUUGCCGUGCCCGCGGGCAAGAAGAAUGUCUUUGUCUGGGCCAACGACAAGAACCCCGAGAGCUUCAAGUAUCUCGAAAAGGCCAUUGAAAAGAACCGCGUCGGCUCCUUUGUCCGGCCCUACAACGAAGAUGGUCACGAAUUUAUCCAGCAGUCCGCCGAUCUAGUCCUCGCCGCCUCCCGCCACGGCGAGUUCGGCACCAUCCCAGGGCCCAAGCCGUCUCGCAGGUCCAACGCGCCACCGCCGGCGGCGCCUAUCAAGAUCCCCAUUGCACCCGUGAUAUCACACUUUGUCAUGAACCUCCCCGCCUCGGCGCUCGAGUUCCUGCACAAUUUCCGCGGUCUCUACCAUGGACAGGAGAGUCUCUUUGCGCCCCACACGCCGUCGCAGCUCCCCAUGAUCCACGCGCACUGCUUCGCGCCAAAGCCCAACGACGACGCGGCCGUGCAGACAGCGUUGGACAGAGUGGAGAAGGAACUGGGCGUGAGGCUGGUGCAGGGCAAUGGCGAGGUGGAAGGCCAGGCGACCGUGUACGAUGUACGAGAUGUUGCCCCCCAGAAGCUCAUGUUCUGCGUAAGCUUCCGCCUGCCCAAAGACGUGGCCUUUGCGCCGAGGACAUAG